AUGCCCCCAUUAUCAACAACAGAGAAGCAAAAGCUUCUCAUACAGCAAGAAAUCGCCCGGCUGCAAGGGCAAAUCGCCAGCAGCAGCGGUAGCUCUCAUUCUUCCUCGUACCACCCUUAUCGUGGCUCCUCCCGCGGCGGACACCGUGGCUAUUCGCGCGGUGGCUUCCGGGGCCGCGGGCGCGGGCGCGGACGGGGUGGCUCAUACAGUCUGACUGUUCACACCCCAGCAAGCACGUCCGCACCUCCUGCAUCGGCCUUGCCCGCGGAGAAGGAGGAGGGCGAGGUCUCGCCUUCGCCUCCGCCGUCCCCUAAGCCUGCGGCUGGAUCAGGAUGGAUUAGCUCAACAAGCCGUGGAGGCAACAUGAGCCUUAUGACCGUGCAGAAAAGAAAGCAACUCAAUAACACGAAACCUGCUACAUCUGGGACGAGUCACGUUCAGAUGCUGCAGUCUACGUCCGAAUCAACACCGAGCGGAACCGAGUCGAAACGGGUCGUGAUUGACGGAGUCAUCUUCCAGUUUGAGGAAGGCGGGAAGCAGCUAACGCGCAUCGGAGGUGAUUUAAUGUCCGUGGCUGACGCUGACCUUCCAGAGCUCUCUGCCGGCUCUUCAGCUGCUGCCCAGGGAACACCGACGCGCCAUCGGCUCAAGUAUGGCGGCCAGCAAUACCGCCGAACCAAGCGCGGCAAUCUCGUGUCAAGAGCAGCUCUCGAGGCUAAGCGCGCCGAACAGGCCACGAAGCCCUGUCGGUACUACACCAAGACAGGUCGUUGCGAUCGCGCCCUGACCUGUCCUUACCAGCACAUUCCUGACCGCCUUUCGGUAUGUCCGGCAUUUUUGAGCAAGAAAGGCUGUAGCCUAGGCGAGUCGUGCCCGCUUUCUCACAAGCCAUCCGCCCACAACACGCCGUCUUGCAUUCACUUCCAAGCCAGUGCCAAUUGCCUCAACCCAAAGUGCCCCUACCCUCACGUGCGUGUCGCAAACGAUGCGCCUGUGUGUGAACAGUUUGCUCGUGAGGGCUGGUGUGAUCGUGAGGCUGGUACUUGUCCCGAGCUUCAUGUUUGGGAGUGCCCAGAGUUUCACGCCAAAGGGACGUGUUCCCGCCAGCCCAGAUGUGGACUUACUCAUGUGGUCCACGCCGAGAAGCUCAAAAAGGCUGUCGCUGCUACUAAGACGCCGGAUCCGGAGGCAUCUGGCAGCUUUGAGGAUCAGGCCGAUUUCAUCGGCCUACCGGGCGAGGUGUUCUCAGAAUCUGACAGCGAUGAAGAGGACACGGGCGAGGAUGAAGAGGGAGAUGAAGAUGAGGAUGUGGCCGACAGCGAUGGCCAGUCAGUGGCAGAAGAUGGGCAGAGCGUUGAGGCUAGUGAGGCCAUGGACACGGACAGCGACUAUGACGAGGCCAGGGUGCUGGAAGAAGUAUAG